AUCACCGCUCCCUAAUUUUACCACCACCUCGGUCGAUCCCCUGCGAGCAGUUUGUUAUAUAAUCCUCCCCGUUCCUCGACGCAACGACCGAGCAAUGGCGCUCACCGUCCUACCUUCAUAUACCUAGCAGUUCGAUCACUGCAUAGAAAGAUAAAGGUAGGAGGAAGCGCAGUGUGUUGAUUACCGUGGAGGAGAUCUUGGAGUUAUUUUAUUAGUUAAAAGAAGAUAACCAUGGAGGCGGGCUUCCAAUGGAGCAGACCGGGCUCCUUGGUCCUGUACGUCGCCGUCGUCGUCCUGUGCGCGGCCGUGUCGGAGGCCAACAUCGGCGAGUUCGACGACUACUGGCGGCAGCGCAAGCUCAUGGCGGACGCCGCCGCGGAGGCCACCUACAGGCACGACCCGGUGGAGGUCGUCAACCAACUCAACCACGCCGUCCACAGAUCGGUUGAGAAGGAGGAGAUCAGCGCGAGGAGGGAGAUGAUGGCGCAGAAGAAGAAGGGCAACAAGUACAAAGGGCCGUGCCUGGCGACGAACCCGAUCGACCGGUGCUGGCGGUGCCGGCAGGACUGGGCGACGGACCGGAAGCGGCUGGCGCGGUGCGCGCGGGGGUUCGGGCGGAACACCACCGGCGGGCUGGCCGGCAAGUUCUACGUGGUGACGGACGGCACCGACGACGACGUGGUGAACCCGCGGGUGGGCACGCUGCGGUGGGGCGUCAUCCAGUACGAGCCGCUGUGGAUCACCUUCGGCAAGACGAUGAUCAUCUCGCUCAAGGAGGAGCUCAUCAUCCGCGGCGACAAGACCCUCGACGGCCGCGGCGUGCAGGUGCGCAUCGCCAACGGCUCGCAGCUAACGGUGCAGUUCGCCAACAACGUCAUCAUCCACAACAUCCACAUCCACGACCUCGUCUCCUCCAACAAGAACGGCGGCAACAUCCGGGACUCGCCGGACCACUUCGGCUGGCGCACCGUCUCCGACGGCGACGGCAUCACCGUCUUCGGGUCCACCAACGUGUGGCUGGACCACCUCUCCCUCUCCAACUGCCAGGACGGGCUCAUCGACGUCAUCGCCAAGUCCACCGGCGUCACCAUCUCCAACUGCCACAUGACCAACCACAACGACGUCAUGCUCUUCAGCUCCAGCGACAGCCACCCGGAGGACCAGAUCAUGCAGAUCACGGUCGCCUUCAACCACUUCGGCAGAGGACUCGUGCAGAGGAUGCCCAGAUGCCGGUGGGGAUUCUUCCACGUGGUGAACAACGACUACACGCACUGGCUCAUGUACGCCAUCGGCGGCAGCAAGGCCCCAACCAUCAUCAGCCAGGGCAACCGGUACAUCGCGCCGCCCAACCUCGCGGCCAAGCAGGUCACCAAGCAGCACGACGCGCCGGAGUCGGUGUGGAAGAACUGGGUGUGGCACUCGGAGGACGACCUCUUCAUGGAGGGCGCCUACUUCACCGUCACCGGCGGCCAGAUCAACAGACAGUUUAACAAGAAGAACCUCAUCAAGCCCAAGCCCGGCUCCUACGUCACCAGGCUCACGCGUUUUAGCGGCUCCCUCGACUGCAGGCCCGGCAAGCCCUGCUAGAGUGAGCCUAGAUCAGAUCGGCAGCGACGAAGAGGCGGUGGCGGACGCAUUGCUAGUAGUUUUGUAAGAUUUAAUUUCGUCACGCAAAUUAAUUAAAGUGAAUUCUUAUAUGUACUAGAACAGUUAAGAAAUCUGUGGGGUCAAAUUCAGACGACCCUAUAGGUUGUACGAACGAACGUGCAUUCGCCACUCGCCAUGUAAGAAAGAGUUGGAGGCGAAAGUGGGCGUUGCAAGU